AUGUUUUCCACCGACCUCGACAGACGCAUGCGCUUCUAUAGCAGCGAAUUGCAAGAUGUGGCCGCAGCCGCCGCAGCAGCUUAUCUCCAACCUUACAAUCCAGUCAGACUCGUCUUCAACACGACUGAACUCCUCGAGCUCAUCCUCUUGGAACUGGAUAUGAAGACUCUCCUUCUCAGUCAAGCUACUUCUCACAUGUUUCAUUCGACCAUCAUGGCUUCACCGAGACUGAGACAGAAACUCUGGUUUGAUCCUACUCCCAGUCUGAACUACAGGUCUUCAUCUAGCACGAGCAGCAGCAGCCCCUUCGCAACGACAUCUACAGAUCACACUGAUGUGUCAUCAUCUUCGUAUUCCCCUCCACCUGCACCUCCAAUCCUGAACCCUCUGCUCCAAAGCGUCAUUUCCCGCGGCACGCACUCGCACAUCCGCUUCCUAGAACUCGACACCUCUUGCUCGCUCUCCUGCUAUCCUGCUCUGACACGGAAACUCAAGCCUUUCGAUCCACCGACUGUUUGCAUCGCCAUGGCGCCCAAGGCUCGGACGGCGAAAUUUGCUGGUUCCUGGAAAGACAUGCUGGUCCUGCAGCCGUACGAUACAAGAACGAGAUGGGAUGCGUAUCAUUAUCGGUGGGCGACGAGGGAGUGGGAUUUCCGAUUUACGGGAACAUUUGAGGAUGAGAGUCUCUCGGGACCGAGGAUGGGGAGAGUAGUGAGGUUCGUUGGUGGGCCGGGGUUUGAAGGAGGGAAAUGA